UCGAGGCUUUUAUCGCUGCUCACAGUUCGAGUCGUUGCCUUCGACUAGCGUUUGAGUUACCUCUCAGAGCAGCCAAGGCCUUUUGUUUUUACUUAACAGGUUCAUCCCGCUAUUGCCGUUUUUAACUUCUAACGUUGGCUAUCUUGAACCGAACCUGACUGAAUUAGCGGUCAGCUAAACAACGCGCUCGUGUCAGGUAGCCCGCUGUCUGUUUCGGUCGGUGAGUUUGUGCGAUCCGUGCUAAUGGGCUUGCUGUCUCAAGGCUCGCCGCUUAACUGGGUAGAGACCAAGAAAUAUGCCGACCAUGUCAGAAAACACGGCAUUCUGCAGUUUCUCAACAUCUACAACAAGGUGAAGGACCGACAAAAGGAUGUGUUAAAAUGGGGCGACGAGGUGGAAUACAUGCUGGUGGAACUAGACGAGAAAAAUGAAAAAGCUCGUCUGAUUCUGAAUGGACACAAAGUUUUGGAGACGCUGCAAGAACAGGGCGAAAAUAUCGAUCCCAACCAUCCAACCCUGUGGAGACCAGAGUAUGGUAGCUACAUGAUUGAAGGCACGCCAGGUCAGCCUUAUGGAGGGACAAUGUCCGAGUUCAACACAGUAGAGGACAACAUGGUCAAAAGGAGGAGGGAGGCAUCGUCAGUGCUCCACGAGCACGAGACGCUCUGCACCAUCACAGCAUUCCCCAGGUUGGGUUGCCCAGGAUUUACAAAGCCGGAAUUUAGGCCGACUCCUGUUGAAAAAGGAGUGUCAAAGUCCCUCUUCUUUCCUGAUGAGGCGAUCAACAGGCACCCCCGAUUCAGCACUUUGACCAGAAAUAUUCGUCACAGAAGGGGAGAAAAGGUUGUGAUCAAUGUACCGAUUUUCAAAGACAAGAACACGGCAUCUCCAUUUUUGGAGACAUUUCCUGAAGAUGAUGGUGAAGCAGCGCGUGCAGUCAUCCCUGACCACAUCUACAUGGAUGCUAUGGGCUUUGGAAUGGGAAACUGUUGUCUGCAGGUCACAUUUCAGGCUUGUAGCAUCAAUGAGGCACGAUACCUGUAUGACCAGCUGGCCACUUUCUGCCCUAUUGUGAUGGCCCUUAGUGCUGCUUCACCUUUCUAUCGUGGCUUUGUGUCGGAUAUCGACUGCCGGUGGGGUGUGAUCUCGGCCUCUGUGGACGACAGGACUCGGGAGGAGCAUGGGCUCGAGCCUUUGAAAAACAACAAGUUCAGGAUCCACAAGUCCAGAUAUGAUUCAAUCGACAGCUACCUGUCUUUUUGUGGGGAGAAAUAUAAUGAUAUUGAACUGACGAAAGACGAAGAGAUCUAUAAACAGCUUCAGGAUGCAGGAAUUGAUAAAUUACUGGCCCAACACAUUGCCCACCUUUUUAUACGUGAUCCACUGUCGCUCUUCGAGGAGAAGAUCAAUCUGGACGAUGAGAACGAGUCUGAUCAUUUUGAGAACCUGCAGUCGACCAACUGGCAGACCAUGCGGUUCAAACCACCCCCUCCAAACUCUGACAUAGGUUGGAGAGUGGAGUUUCGCCCUAUGGAGGUUCAGCUGACAGAUUUUGAGAACUCUGCAUAUGUUGUGUUCAUUGUCCUUCUUACCCGGGUGAUCCUCUCUUACAAGUUAGACUUCCUCAUUCCCUUGUCAAAGGUUGAUGAAAACAUGAAAGUUGCUCAGAAGCGAAACGCUGUGCAAGAGGGCCUGUUUUACUUCCGGAAGGACAUCUACAAAGGCUGCAACCUCUUAAUUGACUCAGCUUCCACAGCAGCUCAAAACGGAGUAGAGAGCGAGGGGGUGCACGAGGAGUACACCCUGAUGAGCAUCGACACAAUCAUCAAUGGCAAGGAGGGAGUGUUCCAGGGUCUGAUACCAAUCCUGAACUGCUACCUGGAGAAUAUGGAAGUGGAUGUAGACACACGCUGCACUAUCCUGAACUAUCUGAAACUCAUCAAGAAGCGAGCAUCUGGAGAACUGAUGACUAUGGCCAGAUGGAUGAGGGAGUUCGUCACCAAGCAUCCACAGUACAAGAAAGACAGUGUGAUCUCCGACAGAAUAAACUACGACCUGAUUUGUCAGUGCGACCGAAUUGCUAGGGGCCAGGAGCACUGCCCUGAACUGAUCGGUGAUCUAAUAAACAGAGGACUAUGAAGGUCUUUAACAUUUUCUGAAAAGAAUGUGCAUUUUAAUUCUUUCUUUUGGGAUGAAAACCGACAACCAAAAUCUUUUACUUAACGCAAAGAUAAGAAUGUUCCAGGCAGGGUUCCAAUUCAUAGUUCAAAAUGCAAGGCUUGGCCAAAUGUUUAUUGAAUUUGUAUAUAUAAGAUUUUUAUGAUUCUUCAAAUUAUUUUAUUAUCUUUGAGAAUGAAAGCUAUUGAGAGCAGAUAUGUACAUAUUUCAUUGUUGUUUCUGACUAGAUGCAGCUCUGCAUGAAAUGUAAAUGUAGCGUAAAUGAUUUGUACAUCAGUAAGAUUUUUUUCAGUGACGCAUACUGUAAAUAUUAAUUCCUUCAUCAGAUAUUAACAAGUGUACUUUCUUUUUUUUCAUGGACAAAUUCAGUGGCUUUAACUGCAGUGUCUUGAGUAAAUGGAUUCUGCUGUGUUGCUAUUUUCUUGGUUUGAAUCAGGUAUAUGCAUAAUAGAUUUUAUACAUAGAAAAAAACUUGGUGUAUAGGUCUGUAUGAGGCAUCACACGUGACUUAGUAGUGAUGUGGUUGAUCAGUGUUUUUUAAAGAUAAAUAACUUGACUAAUUAAGUAAUAGUAGGUUUAAGGUAGCUGGACGUAGAUUUAAUUUAAAUAUUUGUUUUUGCUUAGUAGUUCAUUUGUACAGCAAUCCACUAGAGGGUGCACCUGUCCCGGACACCGUCGGAUGAGCUUUGAAAAGCUUUCUGGCUGGGGUUCAUUACCUUGCUGGUGUUGAUGGCCUUUUAAUAAAGUGAUUCCUGUACACAUCAAA